AUGUCAUCCAACAAUAGCGCUGCCACUACCACCCCACUCCACACUUCUCCGUCCUCACCCAGGCUCGCACCCCCAUCCCAAUCUCAUAUUCAUUUCGGCGCCACUCCCCACCGUAGUCCCGUCCCGCGCUUUCCUUCCUCCUACUCCUACUCGAACAAAUCUUACUUCCCUAGCCAGCCUCAAGCACUGGGCACCCAAGUCACUCGACAGAGCUCAUCUUCGUCUUCAAGAAAACCAGCUCAGAACUUUGUGGACAUGCUGACACAAGAGCAACUGAAAUCCAUGUCUGAUCUGGACAAAGAAGAGGAAGCGAGGCUAGCAAAGUCACAUCGUGAGAAAUUGAGGAAGAUAGGUUUGGGAGUAUCUAGAUUCGUUGGUCGACUGAAGAAGCGUGGUACUAGUGUUGAGAAGGGCGGGAAAUUGAAGUAG